AUGGCCUCUGCCUCGUUUCGCGAGUCAAUGAACUCCCUAGGCUGGACCAGGAGAGAGCCCGAUGCGCCUGUCAACACGGCGCCUCCCUCCAUCGCGGACAGAGUCUCCAACCUGUUCGGUGCAGGUGGCUACGUUAGGCUUCCCAUUUCAGAAUCAAACCCUGGUGCCCCGCUCCCCGCGCCCACCAGAAGAGAAGAGGAGGAGGGCUUCUUUGCGCUGAGUCGUUGGGACCGUUUACUCGUUUUCGGUGGACUGCUACUGGCAGCCUUGGCCAUGUUUGCUACCUGCAUCGGGCUCAUGUUCACGCCCAUCUUUAUCGUCAAACCUCGCAAGUUUGCCAUACUGUGGACCAUGGGCAGUGUUCUGUUUUUGGCGGCCUGGAGUGUCAUGAUGGGCCCCAUCCAGUACGUGCAGCAUCUUAUCUCUGGUCCGCGACUUCCCUUCACUGCCGCUUAUUUCGGGAGCAUUGCACUUACGCUCUAUUUCUCUCUUGGUCUCCACAGCACGGUUCUCACCUUUGUUGCCGUCAUUGCGCAACUGGUUUCCUUGCUCUGGUUCACCGUCUCCUACUUCCCCAUGGGCUCCACAGGUCUACGGUUUGGAGCGCGCUUUGCAGGAAACCGCGUCGCUGCUUGGAUGAACGACUAA